AUGCAACUUCUUUAUGUCCUUACUGGCCUGCUUGCCGGGGCCUCCGUUGCCGUCGCGUCUCCAGCUUCAGAGCCAAAUACCAAGCUCAAGACCCGUCAGUUUAAUUAUGGGAAAUGCAAUGGUACUAGCUGCAAGGUUGCACUGUCCAAUUUGAGGUGUCAGGUCGGCUCGUGUACCAGACAAAGCGGCGCUGGUGAUGGAAAGACUUGCUGGAUUGAUGAUAGGGAUCACAAAGUUCACUGUCCAGGACGGGGCUGA